AUGGAUAAUACAUCCGCGAUGGCGAACGAUUUCGACGCAGAACAAUUCGAGCGAAGACUCCACUCGCUGAAAGACUCGCAGGAGUCUAUCCAGGGUCUCUCUGCAUGGUGCCUCGAUAGGAGACAGCAUCACAAGAAGAUUGUCACCACGUGGCUACAGGUUUUAAAGAAAGUGAAAGUGGAACAUCGGCUCACAUUAUUCUAUUUGGCCAACGAUGUCAUUCAAUAUUCAAAGAGGAAGAAUUUUGAGUUUGUGGAGUCAUGGGGCACUACUUUGCAACGUGCUACUCCUAUGGUUCGCGAUGAGAAAGUGAAGCAUCGUAUUCUGAGAAUUUUCAAAAUCUGGGAUCAACGGCAAGUCUACGAUGAGGAGUUUCUUGCCGAUCUAUCCGGCUUAAUUUCAGCGGCACCAAAAAAGAAAUUGGAUCCUCCACCGACCACACAGCCUGAAGAGUUUCAGGCAGCUUUGCUCAUUUCUACAAUGAGGUCUUGUGCGACUCUGGAACAAGCUACUGAUGCCAGAUUACGUGAUUUACGGGAGAGUAACAUAGACAUAGAAUCUGCAGAGGAGUUACGUUCGUCGUUAAAGGACAGAAGACGCAUGGAAGAUGCAGAGAAAGAAAUAGAUUUGGUUGCUAGGAACGUCGAGAAUUAUGUUCGUGCAUUGGAAGCAGAGAUUAGGGAAAGGGCACAAGUGGUUGAAUUGUUGGACCAAGCGGAUCAGUUUUAUGAGACUCAACGUGGGGAAGUUAAAAUAGUAACGAAUGCGUACCGAAAUUUUGGCAGUCGUGUCAAGAAUUUAAAGAAAAAGUUAGAUGAAUUACUGCCUACGUUCGUCUCGCCUAUACCAUCGCCGGAUAUAAACGCGCCUUCGCCGAGUCCCGACAGCGAUAUAGAGUUACCAGGAGAUGAAACUCAGUCAAUAGUUAAUCAAUCAGGAAUGAUUGACGUGGCACCACCGUCUCUGUACGGUUCAUAUUCUCACGAGUACGAUCCUAUUCCUGUACCUGCGCCUGAUAUGGUACAAGGCAAUGAGUCGGCGGACUUUACUAAUAAUUUUCCUUCUUUUAUGGGAGGAAAUGUAGAUUUUGGUAAUAUGAGAAACAUAUUUAACGAAACCUCUGAGACAUCUCCUGAGAUGUCUCAACAGUACAAUGAGUCUUUAGAGGCAAAACCAAUAGAAGUAAUUAAUAUGAGACCUUCAAAAGAUGAACAGAACAAUGCGGACUUUAAUAUAUCUAGUUUCCUGAAGACGGUUCUUCCAUUAUCUGAUGGAACGGCAGAUUCGGGUGCAAUUCCAGGUUUAGGCCUGGACGUUUCUGAAAAUCAGGUGGAAUCGCCACAACGUCCCAGUUAUUCGCCCUCGUUAGGGCCUGUAACGCCUGUGAUCUCAAGAAUGAUGAGUAAUCAGGGUACACCAGCCGUUAGUGGAGGCGGUGGUUUAAACAAUUGUCAGAUGAGUCACAGUACUCCAAUAUCGGUUCGCAAUCUGCCCGAAUCUCACACCCCUUCUCCGUAUUCCAGUCAAAACAGUCAAAAUAACAUAGCUGGUCCCUUUGAUGGACCCACCAACAAUACGGUUAACCCUUUACCUCCCCCACCCUUACCGCCUCUCUUCCUUGAUGAUGAGAAUUGUUACAAUAAGUUACCACCAAAAUUUCCCACAUGGAUGCCGGCGAACGAGGGUAUCAAGGACUCGGCAAAAUGGGAGGAAAAAGGUAAGAAUAGCAUGAAUCCUGCAUGGCCUGGCGAGUGUGAUGAUAAAAACAAGAAUUCCUGGAUGGAUGGCGAUGGAGAUAGAUGGGACUCCAAUAACGAUUCCACAUGGCCGGUCAGUAGAACAAAAAAUGACAUGCUAUCCGAGACUCCUGAAUCGCCGCCCAUGUAUGAAAAAGCUGGUUUUGCCGAGCCGGUGGAAUACAACGAGCCACAACCACAAGAAUCUUUGAAUACUACAAGAGAUGUAGAUCAUAGAGUGAUUCCAAUGCCAAUGGCCCGCGAAAAUCAGCUACCAUAUCGCUUGAUGAAAGCGGCAGAUGUGGAUCAUCGUAAUCUGAUCAGUUUGACUGGCAGUCCGGCAAAUAACCACAAUCCUGGUGAGCCGUCUUCUUUAUCCAAUAACAACAAUCUAUGGUCCACAGGCGAUCAGGAUUAUCGGCGACACAUGCAGUCUGGUGACAUUGUUGAAAGUGUUGAUAUGGAGAUGUCGGACGAUGAGACUGACAGCAAGCCGAAAGGCAGGGUUCUUGUCGAUCUGAGGUUGCAGGAUCGCGACAUGCGUGUUGGUGCACCACUAUCAUCCCAUCACGACAUGGAUAUGCGUAUGAUUCCUCUUCCCAUCGGGCAAAUGCCCGAUCCGCAUGAUAAUCAACUCAUGCAAGAUAUGCACUUGAUGCGUUCGGGACCACCUCCACCGCCACCGCUACCGCAGUUCCAACAUCAGGGUCAAGGUGGUUUCCGACAAGAUCAGCCGAUAGAUUUUCAUCCGAAUCAACCGAAGUUUCUACAGAACAGACCACCAAACUUUCUACGGAAUCAAGAUUUUCAUUCAAAUCAACAAGAAUUUCAUCAGCUUCAUCAAUCGCAACAAGACUUUGAAUAUCAUGAUAGAGAACACAAUAUCCGUUCAAAGCAAGAUUUUUUGGCGGAAUCACCAGGACGCGGGAGAUAUUCGCAAUCGGUGGAGCAUCAACAUCAACACGACAAUCCACCCUUUCAUAGAAACGAAUGGAAUAAUCGCGGUGGUCGUGGAUUUCCGAGGAACCGCCGGGAUAGAUACUCGGAAGAUCACAAUGUACAAAAGCAGCGAAACAAUUUAUUGAAUAGUCGCAAAUCGAGAUCGCAGGAUCAACAGCAUCACCAGUCACCGUCGGAGAUCCCACCCAAUAAUCGACCAUUACUGCAACCACCUGACAUCGCCUUCGAUGAGAAAGGUAUACCGAUCGGCUUACCCUUACCAUUACCGGAAUUUGAUCAGGACAACAACGUGCUACCUAACACUCAAACUGAACCGGAACAUAAUUCUGAUAACUGUCAGAAUUCUUUAGUACCACAUGUACAGCGGACUUUGUAUGACAUGCCGAGUUCUCACGAUUCCGAAUGCAAUCAACAACAGCAGAAUUGUCAGCUAGAUUCUGAUGAGCAGCAGACAUCGUCUUUGGCUGAGUCGGAAGAUCAGUCAUCAACGAUAAAUCAAACGACGGUUAUUCCGAUAAGGACAGAUAACGUUGGCGAUGAAUCGCAACAAAAGCAACACGUUCCUAUUUCAGAAUGCGAGGAGCACGUUGAAUCGACUGAACACUCCGAUUUCGCAGAGAAGACAAGUGCGAUUGACGAACUGGUUAAUGAAGGACAGAACGUGAAUUCUAUGGAAACGGAGUCGUUAGAUGAGUCAAUGACUUUGACCACAUUAAAUAAAGAGAUAAAGAGAACAGCAAACGGUGAUUGCGACGAGCAAAGUCACGAAGAAGGAAGCCCCAACAAAAAAAGGCCUCUCUUGCAGAACGGGCCGCCAAUGCUGAAUGAUGACUUGUCUGGCCCGAAUGGUCCCACACCAACAACGGAUUUACAUCCUGCCAUGAUGUACGAAUUCGACGGACCAAAUUUCCGGCCACGCAUUGGCGCACUUUUCCCGCUCUGGCGAGGCGGACUACCUCCUCCGCCUUCCUCUAGAGGAGGCAGAGGAGGUUUUAGAGGUGGGCUCAUGGGAAUGCCGCGAGGUCUAUGGAUGGACAGAGGACCACGCGGUCCUAUAGUCGGCAACUUCUCACCAAGAGGAUUGAAACGUGGAGGCAAACAAUUUUGGGGCGGUGGUUUCAGAGGUCGGGGACGAGGCAGUAACUGGUAGAUAAAGAGAAAAACUUUGAAAGACUCGACGACUCCGUCGUCGUAAUCUGACCGGAUACAUAUGCGAAAUGCGUUUCGCUCUCUGUAAAUAAACAAACCGACACGCUUCGACAUUCACACACGCGUGCGCUCGUGCGCGCACCCACCCACUCGUUCACACACACACACAUACACACACGCACGCACGUACGCACGCACGCACGCACACUUAAUACAUACACGUACAUAAAAGUAGAUACAGAAUCGGUUGGUUCUAAACAGUGAGAUCUUCAGUAAUGAAGAUUCUUCACAUUCUCCUGUGCGAUUGAUUCGCCUAUAUAAAUAUAUAAAUAA